CUACUUCACACCUGCAAAACCCCACGUGCCUUUGACUCUCUUACGACUUAACGAAGCUUCCAAAAGCAAAAAAUGCCUACUAGCCCUAAUCCCCUCUCUCUCUCAUCACUCUGUUUCUCUCUCUAGAAUCUCGAUCACCCCGUGAUCGAAGAGUUUCAGUAAACACACUGAAGCCCAAUACAAUUUGCUCACACGUUUCAAUGAAUCAGAAUUUAAUUAUGACGUUUACUUUUGUCACUAGUACUGAAAUGCCAGUGGAUCGAAUGAAAAUUAGGGUUUUGAAAUCUGGAUUCUGAAUUGGGGUAUGGCUUGUUUGGAAUUUGUGGUGAUUGGUGAAGAACUUUGAUUUUGAUGGUAGUGACUAAAUCCAGAAUCAAAAUGCCGGUGGGUCGGCACUCCCCCCGAAUAGACAGUUCAGAACUGAAACUUCAGAUUGAAAGGAAGAUCGGGCACGAGAAAACAGAGAAGUACUUUAAUCUCUUGACCCAAUUCUUGAGUCUUAAGCUUAGCAAAUCGGAGUUCGAUAAACUCUGCAUUGGUACUAUCGGAAGAGAGAAUAUUUGCCUUCACAAUCGACUUCUCCGAGCGAUUAUAAAAAAUGCCUGCAUUGCUAAGACUCCCCCCCCAAAAGGGAGGAAAACAGAAGCUUCACUGAAUGUCAAAGUACCCAAUGGGUAUCAUAGAAGUAAUCUUCAGUCACUCUGUAGAGAUGUAUUUCCUCAGUCUCCCCGGAAGGGAAGGACUCCCUGUCUUCGUGAUCGCAAGUUUAGGGACCGUCCAAGUCCACUUGGGCCAUAUGGGAAGACCCCUAGUGUUGCACUUGAAGAUUCUAUUCCAAAAAUUCAGGAACAGCAAAGUGCUACUGAGCUGCUUUCUUUAGGUAGCAGACCCCUGGCUGAGAUUACUUCAGUGGAAGAUGGGGAAGAAGUUGAGCAGGCUGCUGGGAGUCCGAGCAUUAUUAGUAGAAGCCCUGUUAGGGCUCCUCUUGGCAUCUCCAUAAACAGAAAAGAACCACAGAAAGUACUACGUAAUGGAUCAGGAAGUGCCUCUUACAUCAACACAUGCCAAAAUAGUGGUGAGCUGCCUGAUACCAGUUCUUUAAAGACCAGGUUGAAGCAGAAGCUAGAGAUGGAGGGCUUGAAUAUUUCAAUGGAUUGUGCUAACCUGCUAAACAGUGCAUUGGACGUUUACCUGAAAAGAUUGAUAAAACCAUCUUUGGAAUUAACUGGUUCAAGAUCUGGGAACAAGGACCUGAAUCAAGUGCGUAAUCAGGUGAUUUCUGGUUUGAACGGAAUGAGGCCCAUGAAAUAUGUACAAAAACCAAACAGACCAGUUUCUGCAUCCAUGUUAGAUUUUCGAGUUGCGAUGGAGUUGAACCCGCAGGCACUUGGAGAAGACUGGCCUAUGCAACUUGAGAAGAUUUGCUUGUGUUCAUCAGAAGAAUGAAUUGGAACUGUCAGCACAUGGUUUGUUGAGACAAGAAAUUCAAGUUCAGCCCGAAGUGAUGGUGUGUUAUUGUGAUUUUCAAAUCCAUUCUAUCAGUGAUUUUGACCCAUCCCACAAUUUUUAUAAGUGAUACUGAAGAAGCUAUGUGGUUGAAGCUACAAAAAGUUUUGGAUCAAGGUGAUUAGAUUGUAUAUAAAUCUCAGAGCUGAUUAUUCCUGAAAUGGGACACCCUUUCAUGGUAAAGUAUAAAUAUACGGACACUUGUAGGAUUCUAGCCAUUAAAAAUAGCUCAGUUGGCAACCUUUAACUAAUAUAUAUAGUUUUUUCAUCUUAAAACUUUCUCUUCGCUAAUAAAGCUUAUCCUUGGAGUUGUGACACCUAUUAUUGUUCGGUUGUUAUUUGUUUUUUUUUUCUUUCUCCGGUAAACUUUAGUAAACUGUUCUUGUUAAGAUGCUUUAAUAUAACCUUUAUCCUGUUAGAAUGAAUAUCCUAUUUUUCUUAAAGAAAAAUGUAGUUUUUGACGUAAUUUCCAGUUAAUCAUUUAUUUGGGUGCGUCCAAAUAAUUUAUAUUCCUCUCCCACUUUGUAUUCCAGUUGGUUGGCAUACACAUACGCCAUGGCAUGGGUAUACAACAUGAAAUUUUAUUAACUUUUGUAUUUGUAGUCUGACUGAUGUCCGGAGAUUUUAGUAAAUAUAGUUGUAUUUCUUAUUGAGUGAAUUUUUUGUAACAAUUUUAGUUGGGAAGGGGGGAAGCUGGGGUUGUAAAGCGUAGUAGCAGGCCUCUUUAUUGCAGAAGAAGAUUUCAGUACUGCAGAUGGGAAAUUAAAUAGAACGAUUGGAUUUCUUUUGCUUCGCUUUGAGCACAACAAUAAGUUCUUUGGGAGAUAUUUUUAUCAUCAUUUUCUUCCUAUUUUUAUCUGUCAGCAUAUAAGUGCUCUAAUCACCAAGGCAUCAAAUAUAAAUUCCUUCGCACAAUUCUCUCUCUCGCGCGCGCGCGAUUGUAUCUACUUUGACUACAAAAACCUAGUGGAAUGCCUUUCUUUUCCUUUCUUGUUUUGAGGGAAUCCCGAGUAUGAGCUGUAUCAUUCUACCAUGGUCUCUAGAAAUUUGCUUGAUGCAGCAAAGCCUUGAUACCAAAUAACAAUCAUGAGAUAGAACUCAUUUUAAUUUUUAAAGUGGUGUUUAAAGUCACUUGGCAAUGAAAUAAUUUCAUUCUUGUCACACAUUUGAAGGUGGAAAUCCAUAUUUACAGGAGCCAUUACAAAACCAAAUAAAAGAAGGAAAAUAAUAUUUCAAUGCUAUUUGUAUCUACCAUCUUUAUCUGAUUUUGCAUAUUUAUCCAUUGACCACUGAUUUAUAGUUAUUUGAAAGUUUUUCUCCUUUUGUUUAUUUUUAUCUUUUUGUGCAGAAUGCCUAAUUUUCAUUGUCAAAUCCUCACGGAGGAUGUUUAAAACUGGCACCACUUAAUUUUCUUAUAUUUGGUUUGAUCUGAUUUUCAAACACGAGUAUAAUGUUUGAAACAAUCCUAUAUUUGGAAUCUUCCCUAUGCCACAUUAUUAUAUCUGUAUCUCAUCUCAUUUUAAAGUGCUCUAUCACUUUAAUAUUAUGCAUGUUGUAGCAUGCUGCAAUCUCACCUUCAAUGCGAAUGUGUCUUUCAUAUUAUCAGUCAGUACUCCACUUCUAACUAUACAUUUGAGCUUGCUCUUCGUUUUUUAGCAGAGUAGAUCAAACUUCUUAGUAUCUAAAUCAAGACAGUAAAUUUUUGCCUUAAACUUAUCAAUAUGCUCCCCCAUCCUUCAUACUUCUUUAUUUCCCUCUUCGGUAGAUGAGAAGCCUAAAAAAAAUAACAGGCAGCGUGAUCUGAGCAUCACUACAGAUUAUAAAUAAUGAACUAUGCGGAUGAGGAGCUUUGGUAUGCAUCUCUUAACUGAGAUGGUAGAGGAAGAAAUACAACUAUCUACACUGAAAGCAUCAUAAAGAGUCUGUUUGACUGCCUAAAAUUCCCCACUCGAGCCAUGGUUUAGUAUAUCCCUAAACCAGUUGAGGAGUUUCUUGCACCAGAUCAGUGGAGAAGUUGUUUAAUUCCAUUAAUGUGAACUUGGAUCUUGAUGACUUUGUAAUGGUUUAUACUCCCCUGAGCAUUAGGGAAUUCUUAGAAUUUGUAUUUUAAAAAAACACUUCCCCAAUCUACUAUGUCUACCAGAGGUGCAUGUUUCUCCUCUCUUGGUGUUUGAUGCUGUAGCCCUGCAAAAGAAUUUCUACCUAAGGUAAGUUGCACGUAAACUUAGUAGUUCAUUAUGUUAAAAACACUUUUCUUUCUUUUGCACGGGUUAUUUAAUAUGAUUCUCUUGGUGUUUGAUGCUGUAGCCCUGCAAAAGAAUUUCUACCUGAGGUAAGUUGCACGUAAACUUAGUAGUUCAUUAUGUUAAAAACACUUUUCUUUCUUUUGCACGGGUUAUUUAAUAUGAUUCUCUUCUGGGCUCUUAUAGCAAUUCCAAUCACAAUGUCUCUAUGUCCUUUCUUUUUUCUGGAUUUCACUUAUUGUUAAAAUUACCAAUCAGUAUAGAACAACUGUGUUGAAGUUUUGUGGUCCUGGAAUAUAGUGUACAUUUGCUUCCUUCCACCAAGCCGGGUCAUAAAAAAAGCAGUUGUCAUCCAAAAUUGUCAGUUCUUAACGUAGUUGCUUCCAGAAUCACCAUUCUAGUGGCAUUGCAAAGUACUCAUCUAAUCAAAUUUGCUAGUCCUGUGCUAUGCAUUCUUUUUGCAGGUAUUGAUAUUGAGCAGUUAUGUCCAGCCUCUCCAAUUUAACAGAUCGAUGCUUCCUACAAUGGUAAUACUCGUUUUGUCUAGUGUGAAAACACACCUUUGAAUCUUGAAAGUAGCCAUUUUGUGCAAUUAGUGUCAAAGUUUACGACUCCGUCUGUCUGUCCUGCCCAGCACCCUGGGUAAUGACCAUAUGCUUCUUCUUACCAGAAAUAACUGUGGUGAGGGUUUAAAUGCAAAAACUUUUUCUUUGUAUGAGUACUUUCCAGAUCCACAUAUCCAAUAGCUGAAGAUUGGGAAGUAAACUUGCCUUAAUAAAUGCUAGGAGGACUUCUUCAACUGUUAUUAUAUCUACAGUUCAGUUUAAUGCUUUCUCCAUUAAUACGUUUUAUUCAUUCUCAAAACUGAUGCAACUGAAAUUAUGAAAUUCUUCACCAAAUAAAAUUUAACACUGUAAUUUCUACAUGAUGUUGGCUUACCUAGUGCUCUUGUGAAUGAUGGUGGUUUGGGAAAUAAUUAGCAUUUUUAUUCUGUAUGUAAAACUGAUGGUGAGCAAGAGAUAAACUUACUUGGAGCCGCCAUCUCUUACCCACUCCCUUAAUUGAGAUGUCAUUGUCCAAUUCUAGGUUUGGUAGUUAAUUUCAUAGCUCUUCUGCGAGUCCUACAAAGAGCAUUUCUUUUUAUUUUUUCCUUUCCUUUCCUGCAAGCUUACAGAGAGCAUUUUAGUGAAGUCUUUCUACUUACUGUAAACUAAUUUUUAUCUAAUUAUUUUAGUGGGCUGUUGAAACUAAUAAUUUAUGGUAGUCAUAACAUUAUACAUUAUUGGAAGUUGACUGGCUGUUUGGUUUUGUUAUGGAGUUUAUUGUCAGUUGCUCAACCGUGCAUCCAUGUUAGACUUGGUCAGUCCUUUUAAAAAAUUGAAUGAUCAAAUAUUGUCCAUGCAGAUAAAUUUGCAUGAAUUGCUCGCCUCUCUUAUGUUGUUCAGCUCUUUAAAAUUUCAAAUUCAUGAAUGCCUCAUUAAGUGCAAUAGUUGACUUUGGGAUUCUUUUCAUUUAGUUCCUAUUGCACACACCCUUUAAUCUCAAAGUGCAAGUCUCAUCUUACUUAGAUGGCAUGCUUAAUAGUAUAUAAUUAUGCCUGCACACAAAAUUUGCAUGAAUUCCACAUGCCUCUUAUGCGGUAGGCUCGUGACUGCAAGCUUAUUGCUUCUGGCACCCUUUGUUUAUGUCAUCCAGAUGGUCUAAACAUGAAAGCUUGUUGCUUCUCAUAUGUUCCUCUAGACUUGCUGUCCCAGUUUAUUUUAAGAAGAUGAUUAGAAAUUGUUCUCCUCUUCUUUGACAGUGGUGGAUAAUAGAUGGUUCUUGUAAUAUGUCCAGUAUAACUACGACCUAACUCCCUUCCAUUUCAGUUUUCAUGCUUGCCUUUCAGGAAUGAUAUUUCCCAGAAAAUGAGAGCGCGCCAACAUAAUCUUUUUACCGGUAUGAUUUCACGCUCUCAAUAUCAAUUACAAAUAUAAUGCUUGAAAAGUACUGUCCUUGAUGUUGAACAGUAGAAGUCCUUCAGAUAUAAGCCAGAACCGUAUGUGUCAAAAUACAUUAUAAAUUGAUUUUUUUUUUUUUUUUCUUUCAGAACAUUAAGGUUUAUAUCCUAGAAGUUCAUAUUUUUGUUAUAAUUUGUUACUUCUUUAUGGAUAAUCAAGUAUGAAACUUGUCAAAAUAAAGGGUGCGUUCAAGCUAGCCAUCAGCAUCAGAUUUUUCAGGGGGUUCUAUCAUCAGUCAGUAAAGGGUCAUGUCAGGAUCACUGGUGAAAUGCUUACUUUUCUACACGAACUGUUGCGCCAAUGUCUGUUCUGGGUAGAGAAGACAACACUAGCAUAAUUGCAAGGGGUAGGUUAGACUCUUCUCUAAUGUUAAAACACAUGCGCAUUACCUUAGAAUAUUCGAGAGAAAUGACUAGGUGUUGUAACAAAAAAAGACUUGACCAUUGUCCAAAACAAGUAACACGAGAAAUAAGUGGUUCUUGAAUUAUUUUCUAGAGAAUUUUGUGUUAUUUGUCUGAUACAUGGAAUACAGGGGGAUUGCAUCUAUUCAGUGGUACCACUAUGUGUGUACCUAGGAGGUCCGACACCUACUGUGUACCUAGGAGGUCCGACACCUACCAUCAUUAACCGAAAAAAAAAUAAAUAAAUAAAAAAUAAAAAAAAACACUCAUUUGGCUCUCACUUGCAAGUAAAGUAUGUACAGGAGAACCAAGACCAUUAGGAAAUUAUAUGUGGAUUUGAUGAGACCAUGAUGGUCAUGUCAUACCUGGAUUUGGAGACUGGAGGUGAAGCGGCUAGUGUUAGUGUUGUUUGUUAAAAUUAAAAAAUCUCAAGUCACAAUGCAUAAAAUCAUAAUGGUCAUUACCCUUGUCUUGGUGUCAUCACUACAUAAAAUAAAGUGAACAAAAUAUUUGCUGUUCAUAAAUUGUGGAAUAUUUUGGCAAAGAUCAAAAGAAAUCACUUGGCAUAGAAGGAAAGAGAGAGAGGCUGAUUGAACGUUUGGGAUGAAGUUGUUGGGCUUGACUCUAAAAAAUUAAAUUUAACAAGAGAAAUGGCUUUUAGGAUAAAAAAAAGAGAAUAUAUGAUGCAGGUAAGGAUGAUGAUGGUGGGUAUUAAUACAUAUCUAUAUAGAAGUGAAAUUAUAGGUUGACUUAAAUUUAUUAUCUUAUAUUUAAGAUAUAUCUUAGUUUUUGCAUUUAUUUGAGAGAGAGAGAGAGAUUAUAUAUAUAUAUAUAUAUAUAUAUAUAUAUAUAACAACUUAGUUUGAGUCCAUGUAUUCUCUCAAAAAAGAAAUAAGAAUAUUGUGACAACCGUUCCUAUUUAGAGGAACAGAAUGGUGGCUAAUAGCUCAAAGUAAAGUAGUUGCAAUUCUCUUUCUCACGUCCUAAUCACACGUUUUCUCGCCUAAAAUUUGACUAAUCCUCUCUCUCUCAUAAUUGUAGAAUUAUAGUUAAAAAGUAAGAUUGAGCUUAAUCAAACCCGCACCCUUAGAGGGCGAAUCUCGUUUCGAUUAUACAUUUAUUAAAAAUAUUAACUUGUGUUUGUUGACUCUCGGCCCUCACGCAACAGAGUUGAUGUUUACAAAUUAUAAUAAAGCAAUGAAACAACAUCACAGGCCAUGAGAGGAAACAAUGUGUGCACACAAGACCAACCAACAUUUGUUAGAUGUUUAUAUAUAUAUAUUUGAAGAAAGAUUGGGUCGGUAGGCCCUUUGUUUUCUCUCAUAAAGGUCUUAUCUAACUAAUGACAACCCCCAAGAACCACCAUGGGCCACAAGACCCACAACCAUCUCAAAGAAAAGAAAACUUGUUUAUUUUCGGUCAUUACGUGUAAUCUUAUACCAUUCUCAAUUGGAUACUCGAGAAUCUACUAACUACUGUGCCAAUAAAAUAAAAUAAAAUAAAAUAAGAAAUAUUACUUCCAAUUCAGUGGAUGUAUUAUUAUGUCAUUCAAUACACAAUUCCAAGCAAAAGCCCACCCAGUUAUUCGGUUUUCUUAAAAUAAAAUGAAAAAAAAAAAAAAAAAAAAAAAAAAAAAGGAAA